CCUUCUAGUUUAGGGGCGUCGACCUUUUUGCAGGCACGUUUACUACAACCUUAGUUAAUAAAUGUUUUUCAACAAGAUAACUUUAUUGUCGAAGAAACUGUGCUGCCGUUAUACGAGUGUCAUACAGUGUAACUAGGAUCAACCGGCUGAAAAAUGCAGGAUUACACAAAGCAAGUAAAAGAAUUUGUGGACGAACACCGUCUGGCACUCACAGUUGUACUUGCUUCAGGUGUCAGUGUCUUUGCUCUGCGGAGAUGGAUGGCCGGCGGAGUCUGCCGAAGCAAAGCCCGCUUGGAUGGAAAAACUGUUCUGAUAACAGGAGCCAACACUGGGAUCGGUAAAGAGACUGCGGUGGAUAUAGCCAGGAGAGGUGCAAGGGUGAUUAUGGCCUGCAGAGACAUGGAAAGAGCCAACAAGGCAGCAGAGGAGAUCAGGAAGAGGAGUGGAAAUGGCAACAUUGUUGUGAGGAGGUUGGAUCUUGCCUCCCUGCAGUCUGUUAGAGCUUUGGCCAAGGAAAUACAGGAGAAUGAAGAUAGAUUGGAUAUUCUGAUCAAUAAUGCUGGGGUAAUGAUGUGCCCAAAGUGGCAGACAGAAGAUGGCUUUGAGAUGCAGUUUGGGGUGAACCACCUUGGCCAUUUUCUGCUUACCAACUUGCUUCUGGAUUUGUUAAAGAAAUCAGCACCUAGUCGUAUCGUCAAUGUUUCCAGUCUGGCCCACGAGACAGGCAAGAUUCAUUUUGAUGAUAUAAAUUUGGAUGAAAACUACAAUCCGCACACAAGCUACCUGCAGAGCAAGCUGGCUAAUGUUCUGUUCAACCAUGAACUAGCGGUCAGGUUGAACGGCACAGGAGUGACAACUUACGCCCUUCAUCCCGGUGUUAUCCGUACUGAGCUGGGUCGACACUUUUUUUCUUCUCUGUGGAAGAGAGUUCUGUUUUUUCCCUUUGCGUGUCUGAUCAAAACACCUCGGGAGGGUGCUCAGACCAGCAUCUAUUGUGCGGUGGAUGAGAGUCUAAAGAAUUCCAGUGGCCUUUACUACAGUGACUGUGCACCCAAACAGGCAGCUCCUCAGGGUAGAGAUGAUGCUGCGGCCCGCAGAUUGUGGGACCUUAGUGCUUCCAUGGUGGGCCUGGCUUGAGACAUCAGUGACAAUGAAUUAAUGAAUUAACGAAUCACUUUUCUUAUUUCUUUCUUUGCACCUUCCUCACCCUCCCUCUCUUACCCUUGCACUCUUUUCAUUUAAAAGCUUGUCAGCAUCUUAAUGUCUUUUAUUUGCAAAUUCCAAAACUAUUAUAUGAACCUGCUUAAUUUAUAUGAGGAACAAAUGGAACUUAUGAAAAGUUAAUAAUUUUUUUAAAUAUCGGUUUACUUUUUAAAUACAAAUUGAAUUGCCAAUGCUUGACACUUGACACUUUUGUGUAUAAAUGAAUAAGAUUACUAUUUUCAUGAAACAUAUUUGUGACUCAGGAAAUAAAGGCAAUUUAAAUGUUACACCUCGGA